AUGAUGUCUUUUGAUAAUAGUUUUCAAGAUCCAAUUAUACCAGUGGAAAAAAGUCAAAUUCUGCAUGGUGGUCUUACAGUUUUCACUGCUGCUAUAUUCAUCACUGGAGAAAUGGCUGGUACGGGUCUGUUAGCAUUACCGAAAGCUAUGGAUCAAGCUGGCUGGUAUGGUCUUAUUUCGACUUUUGUUUUGUGCGUUCUGUCGGGUUAUUCUGGUAUUAAAUUAGGUGACUGUUGGACAAUGCUAAGAGAAAUGAAUCCAGUUUAUUCCGAAGAAGGUAGUCGAUCACCAUUUCAAGUAAUUGCUACGGAAGGUGCUGGUCGAGUUGGAAAGUAUGUGUUAAUAUUUGUUAUUUAUUUUCAACUACUCGGCGCAAGAUCUAUUCAUUAG